AUGGAUUUAUCGUCAUCGGAUGAUGCCUUGCCUGAUGCCGCAGAACUGCCGUCACUUUGCGGAACGGGUGUCGUCUCGGAUGAUGUCACUGUAGGUACUUCCUCUUUUGUACCAGGAGACUUUUUCUUGGUAUACCGUUUCAAUUUUUCGAGUAGCUGUGAGCGUUUUUCCCCUUUUCCCUCCUCUGCUGGUUGUGCUUCCGCUUCUACCUUCUUCGGUUCCUCUUUUCGAUCACUCUGAAGACUCGUUGGCUUCUCCGAAGAUUUUGAAGUCGUAGGCUCUGGUUGAGAGAUCUUUUCCUCGGCGGCUUCUACUUUCUCUUCCGGAGGUUUGGUGGCAGGAGCGGCAGUUUUUUUCCUGCGCAACACCCGAAGACUAAUUCUCUGGAAGAAAGUUCCUUCAUGUUCCUUGGAAGGUUGGCUCGGUGCAGGUGUGCUUUUGGGGCGUGCUUCUGUUGAUUCGGUAGAUCCUACUGUCGCAGCUGUGACAGCUGGCGUAGGACCUUGCGAUGGUGCUGGUGAAGGUUUGACUGUCUCGCUGGAUGGACGCUGUUGAGGAGCUGCCGGUUCGGUGCUUUUAGCAGGCUCCGCAGAUUUUUCGGAUGACGUUGACUCCGAUGGCUUUGGUGUACCCUUUAAUUUCGUUCUUAUUCUUCGGAUACUUCUUUCGAAGACCGACUCCUUGGGUUCAUCCUUAGCCUGUUUUUCUUGUGCGGGAGUGGGCUCCACAUUUUCACUUUUUGGCUUCUCAGAAGGCUCAACCGCAACGCUAUCGCUAGCCUGGCCUUCACCUGAGGUAGAUUCGGCGCUGCCAGCAUCAGAGUUUGCUAUCAUUGUAGCAAGCUUCUUUUUCUUGGGACGGAAACGGAAUCUUUGGAAAAGACUCAUAGUGAGAGAUUUCCUCAAUUCGUCCACAUGGGACACUUUUUCUUGUGCUUUUUCUUUCUGUUUUUUCUUUGAGCUUCUCGUCGACUGGUCUGUGUCAAGAUGAGUCAAAUUAAUGGGUUCUCCUCUCUUUGGCAUCACUUUUGGCAUUUUCUUCACCCAUUCCAAAGUGAGCGGAGUUCCUUUUAAAUGAGAGUCCCUUGCUUCAUCCAUGAGCCGCCUCAGACCGUUGUAGUCAAUCUUGUCGGUUGCUGAUUUGAUUAUCUUCGCGGCUUCCUUCAUCUGUGGAGAACAAGAGGUGAGCGACUCCGCUAAAUUAUCCCAGAACUUCGUCUUAGCCUCCUGAAUUUCAGCUUCAUUGUGACUCUGCUUCCAAGUUAAAAUUUGUGGAUAAAGCAAUUCAGAAAAUGUGUAGAACCACGAUUCCAGAUCCAUUUUAGGUUUGGCUACUGCCCGUUUGUGAGCGUCGAUCGACAUAUAGGGAAGAGAAUAUGCGUCUGGUGUUGCGUAACUAAUAGCUUUCCCGCUUUUGACAGUCUCUCCAAAAUCUAUCAAAAACAGCCGUACGGCUGCUACCUGUAGACCAACACAAAAAUUUGUUGGUUUGACAUCUCGAUGGACAUAGCCAAGUACAUGAACAUCGCGACAAAUACUACCCGUACACACCUCUAUAGCUGAUAGCGCUUCUGCAGCCAAGUGAUAGACAGACGUUGGCCGGAAGGUGCCUUUCACACUUUCUUUGAGCUUCUCUAAAUUCCUGUCCAGAAGAGUCAUAACUAUGUAGGAUCUAUCACAAACUCUACCGCUAUCGAUCAAAUGAGGACUCCUCAUGGCAUUACCGUUCUUCAGAUCCUUUAAGACUUGGAGUUCUCUCUUAAAACGUAGCUUGGUGCAAGGACUGUCCUUUCGUAAGCCACUCUUCAUAGCAUACAAUGUGCUGUCAAGUACUUCUUCGUUGUCGGUACACGUCUGCUUCACAACUAUAUAAACGGCAGAGUAGCGGCCUUCGUUGUAUUUUAUGAGCACCUCAUACCGCGAGUACUCACGGGAUUCUUCAUCAAGGCGUCUUUUCCGGUGGAGGUGGGAGAGAAGCUGGCUGCUUGGGCUGUUCUGUUUUAUCGCCUUCUUCUUCACCAGUUGAAGUGUCGUCUUCAUCAUCUCCCGAAGACUCCUCCUCGGAAUCCUCCUUUUUAAACUUCUUUUUGGAUUUUUGCUUCUCUUUUUUCUUCUUUUGCGAACCUCCUCUCCGAGUGCUUCUUCCUGUUCAUCUUCAACCAUUCAUCAGCAAACCAUAGAUAAACUGAACUAG